AUGCGUCUUGCUGUUUUAAAAAUCCAACAAGGGGGUUUAGUUGUUGGUGUUGGUCUUCAUCCGAUUAGACCUGUUCCAGACGCAAUUUUUAUUCAAGAAGAUAUCGCUACUCCUGAAUGCAGAGAUACUAUACGAAAAUAUAUGACUGAAAAUGGUUUUACAGGUUUUGAUCUUGUAAUGCACGGUGGUGGAUUAUCUUCUGAUACUCGUGCCACUCCUUGGGAUCAGGCGUCUCAGCUUACUGAAUCUAUUAAACUCGCUACUGAAUUCUUAUCACCCAAAGGAGCUUUUGUCACUAAGAUAUUUAAUGGCGCACAAGAUUACAAUCCCAUGCUUUACUGUCUUGAGCAGGUGAGGUAUUCUUCUCGCAGAGCCAGCACAAGCUUCAAGAAAGAAGAGUCAAUUCCGAAGAGAGUUGUUUUGGCUUCAGAUUUUGUGUGGUCUGAGACUCCGCUUGAAGUUUUUGGAAUAGCCGAUUCCUUAUCCUUCAACGACGAUGCUUGUUUAUCUUUAAGGGGCCAUAAUUUAACUACCAGAAGGGUCAAGAUGAUAUGCAAGGAUCUUCGGGUUAUGGACAAGCAACAUUUUAAGCAUUUGAUGAAGAAACUGCAUUUUGUCCGUUAUGGAGAUGGUUCUUACAGUACUGGAAAUCUUGCAUUUGAAACUCUAACAUUUGAUUCAACAAGUGGUCGCUCAAUUCAACUUCCGAAUAUUGCAUUUGGUUGUGGUCAUAACACUGCAACAGGACACUUUAACGAAAAAGGGUCUGGUUUAGUUGGUCUUGGUGGCGGUGAACUUUCUUUGAUUUCGCAGUUGGGUUCAAAAAUUGAUUCAAAAUUCUCUUACUGUUUAGUUCCUUCUCAUGAUGUCUCAAGUAAGUUCAUUUUUGGCAGUAAUGCUGAAAUGACCGGAAAAGAUGUUCUCUCCACUCCACUAAUAUCAGAUCCGUUCCAAAAAACAUUCUAUUAUCUAGCACUUGAAGCAAUUAGUGUUAAUGAAAACAAGGUUCCAUUCAUAAGUGAUACAUCCUCAACAAAGGACACUGAAGCCUUCCAAGAAGACAACUACAUUAUAAUCGAUUCUGGAACCACAUUCACAUUUCUUCCAGAAGAAAUGUAUUCAGACAUUGAAUCAGAAAUUAAGAAAGCGAUUCAAGUUGAACCCACUGUUGGUCCUAAUGGGUUCAAUUUAUGUUACCCAUUCGACGAUUCUAUGACAUUUCCAGAGGUUACUGUUCAUUUUACGGAUGCGGAUAUCAAACUUGACGCGGGGAAUUAUUUUGUUCCUGUUGGCGGGGGUUUUAUUUGUUUAUCUUUCUUUCCUUCCAAGACACCACCUUACCUUUAUGGAAACGUAGCUCAGAUCAAUUUCCUUGUUGAAUAUGCUCUGACGGAGAAUAAGGUUUCUUUCAAGCCAACUGAUUGCACCAAGCAGGGCUAAUUAAAUGUUUAGUUAUAACUAAGCUACCUAGAUAUAUAUAUCUCGUUAUGUUGUUCCUGAAAUAAAAAUCUCCUUUAGGAGAAGAUAAUGCUCUCAUCUUUGAGGUCAGAAUUUGGAGCUUCUGUACUUCCAAUAAUUUCGCCUCUGCAUGAGUGCUUUAAGUAUAUCUGUAUGAGCUUCGUAGAUUAUCAAUGUGUGAGUAUUAAUAAUUGCUCUUUGUGUCUGAUAAUCAUGUAUACACGUCUUGGUGAUUUAUUCCGUGCCACAUAAUAGUAACAGA